CCCACCAGGGCAUUGUUCCUGGAAUGUACAUAAUCCGAGAGGGAGUUGGGGCGGGAGGAGCUCACAAGAGAACAGAGUGAAGAUGUGGCCAGUCAACCCUUGGAGCUUUAUUCCAGCCCUGCUUUGGCUCUGCACCUGGACGCUGAUCACUGGGGACCCCGGCACCUGCCCAGAGGUGAAGGUGGUGGGGUUCUCUGGCACUGAGAAACUCACAAUAUUACAGGGAUGCCCCGGGACACCAGGCGCAGCAGGAAGCCCUGGAGAAAAGGGGGCACCCGGUCAACCUGGCCUGAGAGGGGCUGGGGGGCCGCCCGGGAAAGCAGGACCGAAGGGGGAACGAGGAGACCACCCAGACCCUUCCUUCCUCUGCCAGAACGGGCCAAAGAGCUGCAAGGAGCUUCUGGGCAAAGGGGAGUUCCUGAGCGGCUGGCACACCAUCUACCUGCCGGACUGCCGGCCGCUGAGGGUCUUCUGCGACAUGGACACUGACGGUGGAGGCUGGCUGGUGUUCCAGAAACGCAUGGAUGGCUCGGUGGAUUUCUACCGCACCUGGAGCUCCUACAAGAAGGGCUUCGGGAACCAGCUCUCCGAGUUCUGGUUGGGCAAUGAGAACCUCCACCAACUCACCCAGGACGGCGAGUUCCAGCUCCGUGUGGACCUGGUGAAUUUUAAUGACAGCAGCUCCUUUGCCAGCUACCGGUCCUUCAAACUCAAGGGGGAAGAGGACAAGUACGAGCUUGUUCUGGGGACAUUCCUCGGCGGCUCUGCAGGUGACUCCUUGGGUGUCCACAACAGGAAGCCUUUCUCCACCUACGACCAUGACAACGACAGCGGGACGCAGAACUGCGCAUUCACUGUGCAUGGUGCCUGGUGGUACAUCAACUGCUACCGUGCCAACCUGAACGGGGGCUACGCGGUGGGGGAGCAGAAGAAGCAGAGAUACGGCAUUGACUGGGUCUCUGGCCAGGGCGUUGGCAACCCCUACAAACGCACGGAAAUGAAGCUCCGGUAGACGGGGGCCCCGUCCAACCUGUGCAUCUGGGGCACGCCCGAGACAGCAGGACUGAGUCGCCUCCUAGAUCCCCUUGCAGCAAACCACCUUCCUCUCCCCCUGCAGCAGCUCCAGGAGCCUCCAGUGAUUACACACACCCCGUCUCCGGAGGGAUAAAAGACUCCUUCCUGGGAUCAUCCAAGUCCCCAGUGCAUCCCUAAGGUCCCGCGAGGACAGCCUUCCUGAUGCAAUCACUCCCCUCACUCCCAGGGCAAUGGGGCAGAUCCUUGCUCUCCUGGCCUCGCCAUCUGACAUUGCAUUGAGUCAUGUUGUGUCCAGAUUGUCUGAAGGCUGCUUAGCGCCAUCACGUGCUCAGAGGCAAAUAAAUAGAUGAGCUCAGUGCAUGUCCCCACACAACGUGGUAGCAUGCGAUCCUCUGCAGAAACAGCUUUCAAAUAGAGUUGCCCAAAUCAGGCCUCCAGAAUGAUCUAGAUUUUGCGUGUGUACAUACGUGUCAUUGUGCAUGGGUAUGUGUGUCAGACCCAAUUACACGCAUGUCGAGGGUUGUCUGGCAUGUAUGUCAUCCGAUACCGCUGCACUUGCGGCUGCUGUCAUCUGUGCUCCCAAUAAAAGCAUCACUCCCG